GGCAGCGCCCUGUGUGACUUUGUUUAUUGAUGGGAAGAUGGAUCUGUACUUGGACCAGGAAAGGACCCGUCCCUUUCCUGGGCCCUUGUACCAACAACAAGCCAAUCCCAGGGCUGGUUACUACUUGGACCAGGGGCUCAUGACCUCGGUUAAGUUGGUGUGCAUUAAAAGCACAGAUAUCAGCCAGGUGGGAGCCACCGCCACCACCACCACCCCACUGCCUUCAAAUGCCACAUUGCCUGCUACUGCCUCACUUGUCGCCAACGAGACAUUCUUGAAGGAACACACGUUAUUUCUAAUUGACCUCAUGCGGCUGCAAAUAGAGGCAGAGGGUAAGGGCCCUCCCAGGUCCCUCCAUGACCUGAACCAACGCCUGAAGCUGGCCAGGAAGUCCAAGAAGAUGCUGUGGGAGGAUAUUGCUGGCAAGCUGAGCCACAAUUUCAAGCAGACCUUUGCCCAAGAGAAGGUGGCUCGUAAGUGGAACACGUUGGUAGAGGCCUACAAGAAAGUCAAGGACAACAAUUCGUCUACAGGGAGUGGCCCUAGUAAAUUCCAAUUUUUUGAUGAGAUGGAUGACCUCUUGGGAGGUCACCAUGAUAUUGUCUUCCCUGUUGUGGGAACAGCCAUGGGCCUGGAUGUGCGCAGACCAGACGCACUGCAGGUCAGUGUGUCUGCGCCAGACAUCUUACCUGCACAGUCCACCAGCUCUCCAUCACCUGUGCGUCCAACCAAUUCGCCCUCUCCAGCUCCAUCCAGCCCUCCAUCACCUCCUCCGUCCUCCUGCGUUCCUCCUCCCACUGUUACCACCAUGCCCACUGACACCCCAAGGAGGCCACGCAAGCGCCAGAGGGAGGAUGACCUGUUGGCAUUUCUCAGGGAGUCCGAAGCAGCCUCCCAAGCGGCCUCCCAAAAACGCCACGCUGAGACCCUGGCACAGAUGAAGGAAUCCCAGGAGGGAUUCCAGAGGUUGCUUGCCCAGAUGGUGGAGAAGAUGUAA